AUGGAGGAAGUAUCAAGUGGUUUUGAAAGUGUUGGCUUAAAUGAAGGUCAUAAUGAGAUUGACGUAGAGAAGGCAAAAAGUGUAGAAGGUCCUAAAGUAGGAAUGUUGUUUGAUUCUAUUGAUGACCUUGUUCAAUUCUAUCAACGGUAUGUGAAGGAAAAAGGUUUUGGCAUGUGUAUAAAAAGCUCUAAAAAAGUAGGAGGUGAGGUAGGAGGGCAUGAGAAAUUGACAUAUUUAGAGAAGGAUUGCAGGAAUUAUAUGGAGAAGGUCAGACACAUAGAGCUUGGAGAAGGAGAUGCUAUAGCAAUGCAUAAUUACUUUUUGAAAAUGCAAGCUGACAAUUCUGAAUUCUUUCACAUGAUGGAUUUAGAUGAAAAAGACCGAUUAAGGAAUGUAUUUUGGGUAGAUGCAAGGAGUAGAGCUGCAUUUAAAGAGUUUGGUGAUUCAUGGCUCACAUGCAUGUCUGGAUGUCCUCCUUCUGCAAUCAUUAUAGAUCAAGAUCAAGCAAUAAAAAAUAUUAUAGAGGUUGUUUUUCCUAAUGCACGACAUCGGUGGUGUUUGUGGCAUAUCAUGAAAAAGCUACCUGAGAAAUUGAGAGGUUACAAUCAAUAUCAAGAAAUCAAGUUUUCAAUGAAAAAUGUGGUUUAUGAUUCCUUAACUAUAGGAGAAUUUGAAGAAAGUUGGGGAAAAUUCAUUGAGAAGGAUAAACUUCGAAGCAAUAAAUGGUUAUUUAGUUUGUAUGAUGAAAGGCAUCGUUGGAUGCCUACCUUUGUGAAAGAUACUUUUUGGGCAGGAAUGUCAACCACACAGCGUAGUGAAAGCAUGCAUGCAUUUUUUGAUAGGUAUGUUAAUUCCAAGACCACAUUGAAACAAUUUGUAGAACAAUAUGAAAAUGCUUUGGCAAAAAAGGUAGAAAAUGAGAAUAAUGAAGAAUUUAAUUCUUUCAACUCUUGCAUCCCAUGUAUGGUUGGUUAUGAAAUGGAGAAGCAAUUUCAAAGUGCUUAUACAACGGCAAAAUUUAAAGAGUUCCAGCGAAAGCUAAUAGGGAAGAUUUCUUGUGACUUAUCUUCAUAUAAAAAAGAUGCUUACAUUUCAGAAUACGAAGUGACUAAAGAUAUAUUAUUUGGAGAAAGUCGUCGUCGUGUAUCUUUUAAUGUGUGCUUUGAUGAAGAUACCAAUGAGGCUCUCAAACCUGAAGCACACCGAUUUGAUAAAAUGUGUAAUGUCUUCUACGAGGUUGCGGAUUUGGUUGCAGUGUCUGAAGAUUGGAGUGAGAAGUUCAUAGAAAGAAGAUGUAAGUUUCGCGAGUUGCAGGACAAUGGGAAUAUGCAUGGUGCAAGAGUUGUUGAACUUGUGACAGAGGAAAAUACUCACUUACAUGGGAUUGGGCAUGUGGCCAAACAUGACCAGUCAUCCAAGUAUCAUUGGGAUGAGUCCAUAUUUCAGUCAGCCAAAUCUACUAUAAGGAGGAAGUUCGUCAUUUCAAGCAAGUAUGUUCAGACAAGGGGUUGCAUGUAUCCAUUCGAGGGUCGUCAUCAUCCAUCUCCAUGUUGGAGGGCAAACUUAGAGAUGGGAGGAGUUAUGCAUCCCCACAAUUUCACUGGAAUGUUGACAAUGAAUGAUAUGGCACAAGCUAAAACUCCAACAUUGCAAAAGAUGACAAAAGUGAAGAGCAUUGACAUCACAGUUGUAUUUUUUUAA